AUGAGGACCGCGUACAAACACAAGGAUCUUGGCGAGGUUCAUGGAAACAGCAACGAUGGUGUGGUCCAAUUCUUAGGCCUCAAAUACGCUUCAUUGAAGAACCGGUUUGCAGCUCCAUCGCUGCUAACCGACUAUAGCUCUGGACAGAUAGAUGCCACCAAAUUUGGACCUCCUCCUGUCUCACCUGUAGGCGCCAUAAACAACGAAUUCGGCUUUAUACAAAAAGAACUGCCGUUGCCUCCAGACGUUCCUAGUCACUCGGACAUUGAAGGUCUGAAUUUAAAUAUCACCGUUCCAAGAGGCAAGAAUGGUGAUAUCGACAACAACGCAAAGCUUCCAGUGCACGUUUUUGUGCAUGGGGGCGGCUUUGCUGUGGGCUCGAGCUGGUAUCCCCACUACGAUCCGGCGCCACUCGUCCGAAUAUCUAUCGAAAAGGGCAAGCCCAUUAUCGGUGUGACUAUCAACUACCGCCUUGGCGUUACUGGGUUCAUGACCUCGAAGGAACUUCGAAGCGCCGGUUACAAAGCCAACAAUGGUUUCCAUGACCAACGUACCGCCCUACAGUGGGUACGAAGAUAUAUCGGUGGUUUUGGCGGCGAUCCAGAAGAGAUCACAGUUUCUGGAGAAAGUGCCGGUGGCUUUUCUGCCCUCAUGCUACUUACCUCGGGAGAACCCCUUGUUAAACGAGUUUUGAGCACGGGGGGUGCUGUACUUUUAUUCAAGCCAAUCCCAGAGGCUGUAACAGAAAUGUCUUACUCAAAGAUCAUUGAAGCGUUUGGGUUGAAGGAUAAGUCGCCGGAAGAGCGUGUACAAGCGUUGCUUUCUCUCCCAAUUGAUGACCUUUGGCAGAAGGUUCCACCUGGAACACCGCUAAUUCCGUCAGUCGACAAUGACACUGUGCCUGGUGUUGCGACUUUUCCUGGAGUGUCUUCUCAAUCAGAAGACCCAACGUUUCCACUCCCCGGUCGAAAAUGGUGUUCCGCAGUGAUGAUAGGCGAUUCGAAGCUUGACGGAAACAUCCUUGCGUACAUGGGUCUCGAUGCAAAGCUGCCAAAUAUCGCAGCGCAGUUCAUCGAGUCAGUCAACGGAACAUUGUCGGACCAUCCUGACGCAAUUUCGACUCUGCUUUCGGCCUACAAUAUCACACCCUCGAGUAAGGAUAACGAGGCACUCCUCUCCAUCCUUCGUUUCGGCACAGAAAUCAGCUUCUACGCGCCUUCUCUUGCCUUCGCAAAGGGCUGGCCGCGAACAAAAGACAACAAGUUCUUUCUCUACCACUUCAACGAAGGCAUUCCGUGGGACGGCAAGUUCAAAGGCGAAGCAGGUCACAUUCUCGACGUUGCGUUUCUUUUUCAAAACUACAACGAGCACCUGAGCGACAAACAAAAGGAGGUUGCACGCGCAUACGGUGAAGAUAUUAUUGAGUUCAUCAACGGCAAUGAUCCAUGGCCGCCCGUCGAGGGCGAGCAGUAUGGGGCAAGGGUCUACGGGCCAAGCAGUGAGGGCAUUACAGCACAGUACGUCGCAUCAGGCAACCCCGCGGAGGUCGGAAGGCAUGACCGCGUGCUCAAGCUGGGCGAGCAAAUCGGCUUUGAUCUGGUCAUGGAUGUGUUCCAGAACUUCGCGUUUGGUCGAUAG